GGCCUCGCGCACGCGCGGGGCUCCAGGAAGUGCCGACUGCGCUUCCGGUGCAGCUUCCCGGCCUGAGGAUGGAGGUCCUCCAGCGGCUGCGGCGCUUUGACGCCUACCCCAAAACCCUGGAGGACUUCCGUGUGAAAACCUGCGGGGGGGCCAUGGUGACGGUGAUCAGCAGCCUGAUCAUGCUGCUGCUGUUUUUCUCUGAGCUUCAGUACUACCUCACCAAGGAGAUCCAUCCUGAACUAUAUGUCGAUACCUCACGAGGGGAAAAACUAAAAAUCAACAUUGACACCAUUUUUCCUCACAUGCCCUGUGCAUACCUGAGCAUCGAUGCGAUGGAUGUGGCAGGCGAACAGCAGCUCGACGUGGAGCACAACCUCUUCAAGAAGCGGCUGGACCUGGGGGGCAACAUCAUCUCCUCCGAGGUGGAGAAGCACGAGCUGGGGAAGCAGGAUGAGGUCUUCAAUGCCACAAAGCUGGACCCGGGCCGGUGCGAGAGCUGCUAUGGGGCAGAGAGUGAAGACAUGAAGUGCUGCAACACCUGCGCUGACGUGCGGGAAGCGUACCGACGGAAGGGCUGGGCGUUCAAGAAUGCGGACAGCAUCGAGCAGUGCAUGAGGGAAGGAUUCACACAGAAGCUGCAGGAGCAGAAGAACGAGGGCUGCCAGGUUUAUGGUUUUCUGGAGGUCAACAAGGUCGCUGGGAAUUUCCACUUUGCUCCGGGGAAAAGCUUUCAGCAGUCACACGUGCAUGUACAUGCUGUUGAGAUUCAUGACCUGCAAACAUUUGGAUUGGACAAUAUAAACAUGUCCCACUACAUCAGGCACCUCUCCUUUGGCAGUGACUACCCAGGGAUAGUCAACCCUCUCGAUGGAAGCAACAUCACGGCUCAACAAGCCUCCAUGAUGUUCCAGUACUUUGUGAAGAUUGUCCCCACCAUUUACGUGAAGUUGGAUGGUGAGAUGGUGAGGACCAACCAGUUCUCGGUGACGCGGCACGAGAAGGUGGCCAACGGGCUGAUUGGGGACCAGGGGCUGCCGGGGGUCUUCGUGCUGUACGAGCGCUCACCCAUGAUGGUCAAGUUCACAGAGAAGCACAGAUCAUUCACGCACUUUCUGACCGGGGUCUGUGCCAUUAUCGGAGGGGUGUUCACAGUGGCAAGCUUGAUCGACUCGUUGAUCUACUACUCUGCCCGGGCGAUUCAGAGGAAGAUUGAGCUGGGGAAAGCCUCGUAGCAGUGGAGAGACUGCUGGCCGUGGCCUGAGCGCGGGACAGCCCAUCGCCACCCUCAACCACUUCACCCACAAUCAGACUGCUCCUGCGGCCCGUCUGGCUGGCUGUCGUUUAUAACCACCGUGAGCAGCUCUUCCUGUGUGUCGGUAUCGUGAGGGGCAAUCCAGCAAACCCCACUGGCAGGUACCCCUCAAUCCCGGCCCUUCCCCCCACACCCCCUCCCUCCCUCCCUCCCUCCUCCACAACCACCCUCUCUCCCAUCCCCACACCCCCCUCCCUACCUCCCUCCCCUACACCCUCCCUCCUUCCCACACACCCCCUCUCCCCCCCACACCCCCUCUCU